GUAAGAAUCAGAACAGAGAAGAGAUUAAAUCCCUGAAAGUCCACACACGCACACUCGCUCACAUGUAAUUCCUCUCCUCCUGAAAGUGACAGCUCUACUCUCCCCUUUCCCACCGUUUUGAAAGUUUUCAUUUCUCCUGAAAAAGGUUUACAUACAAUGGAGAACAAAUAGGCCUUAGUAUGAUGACAAAGAAUUGUGAGCUUUGUUGAACAAAUUAUCAGCCAAAAAUGCAUUGAGACUCACUCACAAUCUGAUUGCCGAUGCUGAUCUGUUUAAACCGUCUGAUAGCUGAGUUAAGCAAAUGGCAGAACGUCAAACUCAAGAAAUUCCUUCCAAGUUUCCUGAAUUUGUCCCAAGUAACAGCGAUUCAAGGUUUCCUUCAAAUGGGCGUCUUGAAGAUUAUUUUCGUGGGUUGGGCAAUCCUGGGUUUAAGAAGAGGGGGCAUGGACUUGGAAGUCGGUCUUGGGUAAAGAUUGAUCAAAAUGGGAAUUCAAAGAUUUUGGAAUUGGAUAAAGCUACUGUGAUGAGGCAUUGCUCUUUGCCAUCAAGGGAUCUUCGUCUGUUGGAUCCAAUGUUUAUCUAUCCUUCCAGCAUUCUAGGUCGAGAAAAGGCUAUCGUGGUUAAUCUUGAAAUGAUUAGGUGUAUAAUCACGGCUGAUGAGGUGAUACUGAUGAAUUCGUUGGAUGCAUCUGUAGUCCACUAUGUAUCAGAAUUGUGCAAACGCCUUCAAGCAAAUAAAGAUCAAGCUGAUGAUCUACCUUUUGAAUUCAAGGCCUUGGAGUUGGCUUUGGAAUUGACAUGCAUGUCUCUUGAUGCUAAGGCGAAAGAAUUGGAGAUAGAGAUAUAUCCAGUCCUUGACGAAUUGGCCUCGUCUAUAAGCACUCUUAAUCUAGAACAUGUCCGCCGAUUGAAGGGCCACCUCCUUGCUUUAACUCAGCGAGUGCAGAAGGUGUGUGAUGAAAUAGAACAUCUCAUGGAUGAUGAUGGUGAUAUGGCCGAGAUGUACUUAACAGAGAAGAAACAGAGAAAGGAAGCGUACGCCAACAAUGAGCAGUAUGAUCAAACUACUUUUUUCACUGCUUCCAGAGUUGGAUCAAAAUCUGCUCCCGUUUCACCUGUGGGCUCAUGUAUUGGAGUACAAAAGUUACAGAGGGCUUUCAGCAGCAUCAGUUCAAGUAAACUGGGAAGCUUGGGAAGUUCAUCUAAUAUUGAAGAAAAUAUAGAUCAACUCGAAAUGUUGCUAGAGGCUUACUUUGUGUUCAUUGAUAAUACUCUGAACAAGUUGUUAUCGCUUAAAGAAUACAUUGAUGAUACUGAGGACUUCAUCACUAUAAAACUGGGGAAUGUUCAGAACCAGCUGAUAAAAUUUGAGUUACUUUUGACGGGGGCCACAUUUGUCGCAACUGUGUUUGCUGUGGUGACUGCUGUAUUUGGAAUGAAUUUUGAAGCAACAAUAUUUGACGUUCCUUCCGCAUUUAAUUGGGUUCUUAUUAUAAGCGGAAUACUCUGUGGGUCGUUAUAUUUUUCCUUCUUGUUAUAUGUUAGGCAUAAGAAAAUUCUUUCCGUAUGAUGUAUAUAGUGAUUAAGGGGGAAAAAAUUUAGGAAUGAAGAUUCAAUUAGAAAGGGCCGAAAGUUGUGAACUUUAGUGAGAUUUAAGGUCUAUCAUCCCUCUUUAAUUCAACUACAGGCUGCAUAUUUCUUCCCUCUUUCUGCCUAUAUUCUUCUCUCUCUCUCUCUUUAAUUUUUUUUUCUCUCUUUCAUUUUCUGCAAAUAAAAAGAAACAAAGCAUCCUUGCCAUGCCUUUUGUUGGGAAAGAUUUCCUAGCAUUUUCAGUUUCAAUCUGAAGUAAGCUGUAGUCGGAGCUAAUUGAGCACAGAGGCUAUAUAGUACCUAACUUCGAUGAGUUCAGUCUUUCAUUCAUCUAUUUGAAUAUCUUUCCUUCCUUUUCCUAGUAGGGGAAGGACAAUAUGGACGACUCUUUUGAGGAAUUUCCUUAUUGCCUGUUACUGUAUACUUAGUAUUUUCCUGUCUAAACCAUCUAUACAGUCUUCUGGUUCUGAUCUGCAUGUUGCUAAACCUCUUCAGCAUUUUAAACUGCUGAAGACCCUGAUCUGUGCUGUCAAGAAGUCUCCCAACCAUCUGUAUAUUUCUUCAAAUUUACCACCAUCUUUUGCUGCAAUGCUUCUUCAUAACUGCUUUUUCAGGGGUCUCAGUCCAUCUGAAAGGAGCUACUGGAUCUUUUGUCUCCGCCGAGAUAUGAACCCAUCGUCUCUGCUCUUUGGGACGUCGUCUGGUGCUCUCUCAAAUGGGGAAAGUUCUUGGUUGAUGGGUUUGGGAUUAGUACUGCAUAAUUAGCCUCUCGAUCUUUUCCUGUCACUUUGCUCGUCCUUCCAUUCACCUCGUCUAACGUAUCUGUAGCAUUCCGGCAGAGCUGAUGAGGACUUUCUGGGGUUGAUAAUGAUUCUCCGUCGCUGUAUGCAGAGUCAAGAGACGUAAUGCAUUGUGGUUCCAGAGAAUGGAAUUCGUUUUGGAUGUUCUGGAGCGCAUUUUCAAGCUCCUUAAUACGAGCUUCAAGUCUUGAUUCUCUUAGCUUGUGCAACCGCAUACUCAACUCGCGGGGGGAAACUGCAUAAUUUGCAGGUGGAGUUGGUCCAUUGGUGGUAUCACUGUCUUCAUCUGAUACCGAUUCGGAGGCAUUUUCAUACUGUCUUCUGAGAGCAUCUAACUUUAUAUCUCCUCGAAUGGUGUCUACUUCGCAUUGUGAAUCAGUCUGAUGAACCAUUCAAUCCAUUAGAUGCUUUUAUAACUUAGCCCAAAAAUGAAGAAUGGUAUAGUUUGAAAUCAACCACAAAGUUUUCC